CCCCGCGCAAUGGCGCCGCCGGGGCCGGGAGCGGAGCCGCGCUUGGCGGGGCCCGGGGGAACGGGGUAGCUUUGAAACUGGCCCAGAUGGCCAGGCUUUUUCGGAGGGAAAGGAGCAGUUCCCUGGUGAAAGUGGUGGAGACUCUCGGGACACCUGCACAGCUCUGGAGCAAGAGAUGAAGAAGUUCUGCUAUUAAAGCAGUUUGGUCACAGGGGGCUCCAAGAGAAAACUGCACCGGGACAACAUCACAGCGAGACGCCCACAGGCUCGAGUUCUGCUUGACAUGGCCAUGUUCUACUAGACCUGCCAUGACGGCAUUUUUUCCCAGUGUUCCCAACUGGAUUCAAGAUGCAAAGCAGGAGGAGGAAGAGACAGGCUGGAAAUUAGUCCCCAGACCAAGAGGUGAAGAAACCGAAAGUCAGGGAAAAUGCCAGUGUGAACUAUCGGAGCCCUCCUUCCCUCACGUGGACAAGCUGAGAACUCACACGCUUUCCCAUUCGGAGCAGAGGCCCUACAACUGCCCCCAGCUGCACUGUGGCAAGGCCUUUGCCUCCAAGUACAAGCUCUACAGGCAUAUGGCCACACACUCUGCUCAGAAACCCCACCAGUGCAUGUACUGCGAGAAGAUGUUCCACCGGAAGGAUCACCUUCGGAACCACCUGCAGACCCACGAUCCCAACAAGGAGGCCCUGCACUGUCCCGAGUGCGGCAAGAACUACAACACCAAGCUGGGCUUCAGGCGACACCUGGCCAUGCACGCGGCUGCCAGCGGUGACCUCAGCUGCAAGGUGUGCCUCCAGACCUUUGAGAGCACCCAGGUCCUGCUGGAGCACCUCAAAGCUCAUUCCAGGCGGGCUUCUGGCGGGGCAAAGGAGAAGAAGCACCCGUGUGACCACUGCGACCGGCGCUUCUACACCCGCAAGGACGUGCGGAGACACCUGGUAGUGCACACGGGGCGGAAGGACUUCCUGUGCCAGUACUGUGCUCAGAGGUUUGGGAGGAAGGACCACCUGACCAGGCACAUGAAGAAAAGCCACUCCCAGGAACUGCUGAAGAUUAAGACGGAGCCAGUGGACAUGUUGGGUCUGCUCAGCUGCAGCUCCUCUGUGGCAGUGAAGGAAGAGCUGAGUCCUGUCCUGUGUAUGGCAUCCAGAGACAUGAUGGGUGGUAAGAGCUUCCCUGGCAUGCUGCCCGUGGGCAUGUACAGCACACAUCUCCAAACCAUGCCAAGCUCAGGGAUGCCCCAUUCUUUGGUUCCUAAUUCUCUUCCAAUGGGAAUGAGCUAUCCUCUGGAGUCUUCUUCUCCCAUCUCCUCCCCACCGCAACCUCCUCCAAAGUAUCAGCUUGGAUCUACCUCAUAUUUGCCUGAGAAACUACCCAAAGUAGAGGUGGACAGCUUUUUGUCAGACUUCCCUGGCAGUCUGUCUCUCUCAUCUGGUGAUCCUCAGUCCUCUUCGCCUCAGCCACCCGCCCUGGAUGAGGCUUUGCUUUCCAAGAGCCCUGCUAACCUCUCAGAGGCUCUCUGUGCUGCUAACAUGGACUUUUCUCAUCUUCUUGGCUUCCUUCCCCUAAAUCUUCCUCCUUGCAAUCCACCUGUCUCAUCGGGGGGAUUGGUCAUGGGCUACUCGCAGGGGGAGGCGCAGCCACUGCUCACCACUUUGCAACAUCAACCUCAAGAGUCUCCCGGAGCCGGGGCCUCGCUGAACUUUGGGCCCCUUCAUUCGUUGCCCCCCGUCUUCACUUCCAGCUUGAGCACAACCACGCUGCCACGGUUCCACCAGGCCUUCCAAUAAGCUGGAAAUAGCACUGGAGAACAGAUCUUUCAGUCACCCUUUUGUGGAGAGCCUUAAAAACGCACAACUCUUCCUUCCUUGGGGGUGUGAAAGCUCUGGCAGAGCUGGGUCAGACAGGAGGUUUCUGAUCUCGGAGGGAGCACUUGUAGACUGGAACCCGUGCAAGUCCCAGUCCUGUACAGCAGAAAGAUUUCAGCUGAUAGACUGGAUAUAUUUUAUGUAAUUUUUAAUCUGUGAAUCAGGAGCCACGCUUAGCACUGACCUUCCCUGAGAAUGCUGGAGCUGUAUUCCUCUCUGGGAAGGGACUGUCCCUCAGAAGGAGUUGAGACUCUUUCAUCCUGGGCUAAACUUUUGAAGAGUCCAGCUUCCAUUUCAUGUUACCACACUGCAAUUCUGGCAAACCAGCCAACACCUCCACAUGGAGAAGAAGUCAAGAUACCGCUCUGUAUGAAGCCAAUGGGGAAGAGGCUGUCCUUCCCUGCUACCUCUCAUCCCAUCACCCAACACAGCUUACUCCACAUCAGUGUUAAGCAACAAGCCCGUUUACAUAAUGAAUUCAACGUCACCUCUUUGGAGCUGUUAGGAUAAACUCGUUAUGGUGAACAUUGUUUACACAACACAAAUCUGUUUCUGCCAUUGCAAAAAUAGGAGACACCAGAAUACACUGGGUUCAUCUCUGGUGUGGCUAGAACACUGUUUACACAACGAAGUCAGGUUGCACUGAUUUCUCUUCACUUAUCAUGUUCUUCCCCCAUGGGGAAAUACACUGCUUUUGGACCACUUCAGCCUCUGCCCCUGUAGGCAGCAGCUUCCUGCCUUUUCUCGCUGGCUAUCCUGAGUGAAGGGGAUGGAGCAGCUCUCACAGCUUAGCUUGGUGUGUGGUGUAUGGACAGAGCCCUUUUCAAUAUCUCCCCCAGGCAAACAGGUCUGGAAACCAAAGCACGUGAGAGAGCUGGGUGAGGAGCUGGGGACAUCGAGCACUGGCGUACCAGGCGUGGCUGAGAACAGGCUGCAGGCCCUGCUCCAUAGCUUCCCUUGGGAUGAGGAACAGAGUAUGGGUUUCUGGGGUUUGGGGUUUUUUAACCACUCAUUGAGGUCAGCACCCUUUUUGGCUUAUCCAGGAAGGAGUCUCAAAGGUGUAUUUUAACCUCAAUGGUGAUAAAAUCCAACAGUCAAGGAAAAAUUGGUCCCAGCUUCAUGUACACACUGUCAGUGUAUUUGAAGCAUUUUUCCCAACACCAGUAGUUCUAAAAAAUGCUGAGGUUUGGGGCCUGCAGUAAACUUUUUACUUUGGGUUUGGUUCCACUGGCCUUUUUUGUUCUCUCCUGCUCAAGCCUUGCCUCCUGAAAUUAAAGUCCUGCUUCCCUUGCUCCCUGCCCUACCUCUUCAACUCUUCCAUGGGUUGUCUACCUACCAGGGCAGAAGGGUUAUACUGGGAAGUGGCAGCCAGCUGCUGGUGUCAUUUAGCACCUGUAUUGUCUCCUGCUCUUGUUUUCCUGGGCACUUAGACUGCAGAUGGGGACAUGUGGAGGUCACUCUGCACUGGUGCAUGUUUAUGGCUAAGGACAGGCAGAUCUUCAUACCUCAGCAUGGAGGAACCAUUGUAGGCCAAUAUAAACCAGGAAAUCUGUCAAUACUGUUCUCCAUAAAUCUAGGAAAUGCAAAAUCUACCUCUACUCUGUUAUCUCAGCUCCUUGGGUGAAGCCAGAUGCUGUCCUCCCUUGUCUCCCCAGAGCACAUCCACCUCAGUUGAUGCAGAUUCCUUCCUGCUGAGCCAUGAUCCCACUGAGUGACAGCAGCUGUGCCUCUUUUGGUCACAGGCUUGUCCCCCUUCCAUUUUACUCCAGAAUUUUAUUUUUAAUUUAGCUUAGUAAUUCUUCCCAGAAUGACUUUUUAGCAAUCCAUUGAUUCUCCAGAACAUAGAUCAGUUGUUUUAGGUUAGCCAGCAAUGCUGCAAAUAAGACUUUUGUAUCAAAAUGUAAUAUAAGAUUUAUUUACCUCAGCAAUAUCCUGUGGCAAUGAUCUCCCCGAGUUGAAUGCAGUACUUUUUCCUUUUCUCCACUGGAAAAUGUUGCCUUUCCAAGUCCAACGAGUGCCUUCUUGUUCUCUAACCUAGCAAAGGUAAACAGGGCAUUGCAGCCAGUCUGUUUACCAGCAUUGAAUACCUCAGGCCUGUCUUCUAUUGCUUUGCUCUUUGCAAAUUAAAGAGUUUCACACUGUUAUCAAUUAUAUGCAAGCCUUAUCCCUGUCUUCAGUUGAGAGGAUUAUUAUUUUUUCAGAAAUAAAUGGUCAGAACUGAUCACUCACUGCCAGUGAGGAUUAUCAGAUUUAUGCAAUGCCAUCACACGCCUUCUCCCACUGCAGAACAUUCAGCUUUUUUGCUUCCUGCCUGCAUUGUACUCUGAACAGAUGUCAUCACUGGAAUUCCUUUAGCAGUGGUAGCUAAACUUAGAGCCAGGCAUCUUUUUCCUACCAGUAGUCUGUCAAAGAAUAAAUGGAAUUCAUUUUGC